AUGGGCGCCCAGCCGCGCGGAGUCCGCGUCGCGAAGCUCUUGCCUCCCUGGGCGCCGCCGCCGCUGCUGCUAUUUCUGCUGCUGCUGCUGCUGCCAGUGGCCAGAGCCUCCGACGCCGAGCAUCGUCUGUUUGAGCGGCUGUUCGAAGAUUACAAUGAGAUCAUCCGGCCAGUGGCCAAUGUGUCUGACCCAGUCAUCAUCCAGUUUGAAGUGUCCAUGUCUCAGCUGGUGAAGGUGGAUGAAGUAAACCAGAUCAUGGAGACCAACCUGUGGCUCAAGCAAAUCUGGAAUGACUACAAGCUGAAGUGGAACCCCUCCGACUACAAUGGAGCGGAGUUCAUGCGUGUCCCUGCACAGAAGAUCUGGAAGCCAGACAUUGUGCUGUAUAACAAUGCUGUUGGGGAUUUCCAGGUGGAUGACAAGACCAAAGCUUUACUCAAGUACACGGGGGAAGUGACUUGGAUCCCCCCGGCCAUCUUUAAGAGCUCGUGCAAAAUCGAUGUGACCUACUUCCCAUUUGAUUACCAGAACUGCACCAUGAAGUUUGGUUCCUGGUCCUACGACAAGGCAAAAAUCGACCUGGUCCUGAUCGGCUCCUCCAUGAACCUCAGGGACUACUGGGAGAGUGGUGAGUGGGCCAUCAUCAAAGCCCCAGGCUACAAACAUGACAUCAAGUACAACUGCUGCGAGGAGAUCUACACGGACAUCACGUACUCGCUGUACAUCCGGCGCCUGCCCCUGUUCUACACCAUCAACCUCAUCAUCCCCUGCCUGCUCAUCUCCUUCCUGACUGUGCUUGUCUUCUACCUGCCCUCCGACUGCGGCGAGAAGGUGACCCUCUGCAUCUCGGUCCUCCUCUCCUUGACUGUGUUUCUGCUGGUGAUCACUGAGACCAUCCCGUCCACCUCUCUGGUGAUUCCCCUGAUCGGCGAGUACCUCCUGUUCACCAUGAUUUUUGUAACCUUGUCCAUCGUCAUCACCGUCUUCGUGCUCAACGUGCACUACAGGACCCCCACCACACACACGAUGCCCAUGUGGGUGAAGACCAUAUUCUUGAACUUUCUUCCCAGGGUCAUGUUCAUGACCAGGCCGGCAAGCAGUGAGGGUAACACUCAGAGGCCAAGACCCUUCAAUAGCGCUGAGCUCUCAAACCUGAAUUGCUUCAGCCACAUAGAGUCCAAGAGCUGCAAAGAAGGCUACCCCUGCCAGGACGAGCUAUGUAGCCACUGCCACCACCGCAGGGUAAAAAUCCUGAAUUUCAGUGCCAAUCUCACGAGAAGCUCCAGUUCUGAAUCCGUCAAUGCCGUGCUGUCCCUCUCUGCUCUGUCACCAGAAAUCAAAGAAGCUAUCCAAAGUGUCAAGUAUAUUGCUGAAAAUAUGAAAGCACAGAAUGAAGCCAAAGGGAUUCAAGACGAUUGGAAGUAUGUUGCCAUGGUGAUUGAUCGUAUAUUUCUGUGGGUUUUCAUUCUGGUGUGCAUUUUAGGGACAGCAGGAUUGUUUCUGCAACCUUUGAUGGCCAGGGAUGAUGCAUAAGCACUAAACUGUGUGUUACUUAUGAGGUUACUUAUGUGUAUUGGGGGAGAGGCGGCUCACUGUUUUUUUAAUUUUAUUUUUUGUUGUGGUAAAAUUCACUUAGCAUAAAAUGUACCAUCUUAACCAUGUUUAAGGGCACAGUUCAGUGGUAUUAAAUAUAUUCAGGGCUUCCCUGGUGGCGCCGUGGUUGACAGUCCGCCUGCCGAUGCAGGGGACACGGGUUCGUGCCCCGGUCCAGGAGGAUCCCACAUGCUGCGGAGCGGCUGGGCCCGUGAGCCAUGGCCGCUGAGCCUGCGCGUCCAGAGCCUGUGAUCCGCAACGGGAGAGCCCACAACAGUGAGAGGCCCGCGUACCGCAAAAAAAAAAAAAAAUAUAUAUAUAUAUAUAUAUAUUCACAUUGUUGUGUAACCAUCACCACCAUCCAUCCCCAUAACUUGUAAAACUAUAGACCAGUUAAACAAUAAUUCCCCAUUCUCCCCUCCCACCAGCAACCAUCAUUACACUUUAUGACUUUGACUACUCUAAGUACCUCAUGUAAGUGGAAUCAUACAGUAUUUGUCCUUUUGUGACUGGCUUAUUUCACUUCACAGAAUGUCCCUAAGGUUCAUCCAUGUUGUAGCAUAUUGCAGAAUUUCCUUACUUUUUAAGGCUGAAUAAUAGUCAAUUUUAAGUAUAUACAUUUUGCUUAUCCAUUUAUCUGUUGAUGGACACUUGGGUUGCUCCCAUGUUUUAGCUGUUGUGGAUAAUGCUGCUAUGAACAUGGGUGUACUCUCUCCGAUACCUUGCUUUCAGUUCCUUUGGGGAUAUACCCAGAAGUGGAAUUGCUCGAUCAUAUGGCAAUUCUAUUCUUAAUUUUUUGAGGAACUGCCAUACUGUUUUCCACCAUGGCGAUACCAUUCUAUAUUGCCACCAACAAUGUACAAGGAUGGAUUCUCCCCAGUUUCUCCACAUCCUCAUCAUACUUUUUUUUUUUUUCGGUACGCAGGCCUCUCAUUGUCGUGGCGUCUCCCGUUGCAGAGCACAGGCUCCAGAUGCGCAGGCUCAGCAGCCAGGGCUCACGGGCCCAGCCGCUCCACGGCAUGUGGGAUCUUCCCGGACCGGGGCAUGAACCCGUGUCCCCUGCAUUGGCAGGCGGACUCUCAACCACUGCACCACCAGGGAAGCCCUGUUUUGUUUUUCUGAUAAUAGCAAACCUAUUGGUUGUGAGUCAGUAUCUCAUUGUAGUUUUGAUUUCAUUUCUCUAAUGAUUAGUGAUUUUGAGCAUUUUUUCACAUGCUUAUUGGCCAUUUGUGGCCAUUUCUUCUUUGGAGAAAUGUCUAUUCAAGAUCUUUGUCCAGUUUUGAAUUGCGCUUUUUAUUGUUUUAGGAGGUCGCUAUGUAUUCUAGAUAUUAAUCCUUUAUCAGAUAUAUGAUUUGCAAAUAUUUUCUCCCAUUCUGUGGGUUGCCUUUUUACUGUCAAUAGUGUCUUUUGAUGCACAAAAUUUUUUAAUUUUCAUGAAGUCCAAUCUGUCUGCUUUUUCUUUCAUUACCUGUGCUUUUUGUGUCAUAUCCAAGAAAUCAUUGCCAAAUCCAAUGUCAUAAAGCAUUUGUCCUGUUUUCUUCUAAGAGUUUUAUUGUUUUAGGUCUUACAUUUAAGCUUUUUCUCAAUAGAGCUUCCUAUCAUCACUUCCUAUCAUCAAGCUACUGGCUUUGCUUUUGACAUUUCAAGGUUUACUUAUCAUCCAGUUGUCUUGACUUUUGUUAAAAAAAAAAAAAGAUUCAUGCAAGAAAAAUGUCAAGAGAAUUAUGGCUAAAUGAAUAUUGAACCAGCCUUUCGGGUAAGGUAAUGUCAGAAUAUAAUUCUUCUGCAGUGAUAAAGUAGCAUGCUGUGCUAUGGACCAUGUAAAAAUGGACUAAAUAUGAAAACUGUGGGUUUUUUUUAGCGGUCGAGAUGUAACUGGAUUUAAAAAAAAACCUUACUGUUCAGAAAUACGAAAAAUUGUUUUGUUCAGUAUCACAACAGAUUUCCCAAUGGUUUUCUUGUUUAGCUCACAAUCUCCUUGCAGUUUAUACUAUUUCAGUAAGGUCUCACUACUGUCAUUUCUUACCAUGCACCUUUUUUUUUUCUUUUUUUUUUUUUACUGUUUUUCAAGAGUCUAAGGACCAUGCCCUCAUUGUAGAUGGCCUCAGUUAUUUAUUUUGCAUAAUUCUAAAUUAUUAUACUAUGAGAAAUUAUGCCUCGUCACACAGUCAUUGUUAAUGAACCUUUAGAACGGGGUUUCUCAGCCUUAGCACUAGUAACAUUUUGGGCCAGAUAAUUCUGUGUUGAGGGGGAAUGGGGUCUGUCCUGUACGUUGUAGGAUCUUUAGCAGCACCCUGGCCCCUACCCACUAGAUGCCAAUAACAUACCCCCCAUCCCUUGCCAGGUGUGACGACCAGAAAUAUCCCCUCAGGGGCAAAACUGCCCCUUUGAGAACCACUGCUUUAGACAAAUUAUUAAGGAGAGAGUAUCCCAUACUCCACUUCUGAAUCUGAAUAACCACUGGCAAGAGAUGAUGAUACACAGAGACCAUUUUAAUCUUCUCAUUAGUCAUUAUGAUGUUUUUCCUAUGCAAAAAUAAAACUGACAAAAUUGCAGCCCACUGUGACUCAUGUUUCAGUAAGCCAAAAGAAGAUUUCUAUAAAAUGUAUUUACAUGUAAAAUUUUAAAGUAAUAGUAAUGGAAACAUAAUAAGAGGGAUCGGGGAUAUAUACAUGCUAUGACAGCCAACUGGCAAUUUAAACUGAUCGAACGAGGAGACUUUCACUCACUAAAUAGCAUUAAACACCUGCCUAAAAUAACAGGCAAAUUAGACAGGAUCCCUUCUGCCUUCUAAGGAGUGUUUAAUUGAACUUAGAUCUGUUACUAUAAAUAAAUAAGGCAGUUGUUCUCUCAAGAGCUAAGAGUUCAAAAUCGAAUACAAGAUUUCUGUCAGUAUUUUCUUCCUGGUCAUAGCUGAGUCAGGGACAUUAAAGAUGAAAAAUUUUUUUUUCUGUUUUUGUUGGUUUGAAUUUUAUUUUAUUAAUUUUUUUAUACAGCAGGUUCUUAUUAGUCCUCAAUUUUAUACACAUCAGUGUAUAUAUGUCAAUCCCAAUUGCCCAAUUCAUCCCACCACCACCACCACCACCACCCCGGCUCCUUUCCCCCACU